AUGACCUCCCCUAGUGUUCUCACCUUUGACGCUGAGGGUCGGGGAGUUGACUUUGAGGUCUGGGUAGAUGAUCUGCAGCUAUUCCUCCAGGGCGAUAGGGUAGACGGUCUCUCCCUGUUUGACCUCACCUCUGGUGCCUCUCCUGCCCCUACUGCUGAUGGUGAUGCCACUCUCCCUGACUCUCUCCGCGUAGUCAGAGACCACUUCCUCUUAGAUUGCCCCACCACUCUCACUGUUGACCUCCUCGAGAAGGCCCUCCUAGCGGCAGAGAAGAGCAUAGUCGCUAUAGGAGCCUCUCGUAGUGACCCUCGCACCCCCGUCUUUGAGGGGUGUUCUCCCUCCCCCCUCUUGCCCUCUGUUGCCUCUGCUGCUGCAGCCGACCUCGUUGGCUUCGAGUCGAUCGGCGCUGCGUCUGCCCCGAGCGGGAGACGCCGCACCGGCAAGGGCAAGGGGGGCAAGGGCGCUGGAGGGGCUAGAGGGGGCGGUGGAGGUGGUGGUGGAGGCAGUGGAGGGAGUGGGGGUGGUGGUGGGAGUGGUGCUGGGGGUGGCGGCGGCGGCGGCAGCAGUGGAGGCGGCGGAGGCGGUGGUGGUGGCGGAGGGAGCGGAGGCGGCGGAGGUGGCGGAGGAGGCGGAGGUGGUGGAGGAGGCGGAGGUGGAGGAGGCGGCCGAGGCGGCGGCGGCGGCGGUGGCGGAGCGGGUCGCAACUCUACGCAAAGGAGUGGCUCAGGUGGUGGUCCGCGCCAGCAGCAGCGGAGUGGUGUGACCCUGUCCCCUCAGCAGCUUCGUGAGUGGUACACUGUGCGCCAGCGCGGUGGGGGUUUUGGUCCCUGCACUUACGUCCUCCGUACCGACGAUCAAGCUGGAUAG